AUGAAAGUACUAUUCAACAUUGAGAUGAUCGAGAUUCGGGCCGAUAGUGUUUUAAUAUGCUAAAAUGUGUUUGUAAAUGUUAUUGAAACUGUUCAUAAGAGAAUGUGAUAACAAUGGGUGGAUGUAUUGGAAUAACAAGAACCAGAAGUGGUGCGAUAGAAGAAUCUUCAGGAACAGUAUCUCGACCUAACUCUGGUGGUUUAAGAAAGAAUCAAUCGUUGUGCCAUGAGACAAUCAGGUGGAAAUCGGAUGUGCCAUUGACAGAAGGUCAAUUAAGGAGCAAACGCGAUGAAUUCUGGGACACUGCCCCGGCCUUUGAAGGUCGGAAAGAGAUUUGGGAUGCAUUACGCGCAGCUGCCGUCGCUGCAGAGGCCAUGGACUUUCAACUUGCACAGGCAAUCUUAGAUGGUGCCAGUGUUUCAGUUCCAAAUGGAUAUCUUACAGAGUGCUAUGACGAGUGGGGAACUAGAUAUCAGGUACCAAUAUACUGUCUGUCAGCCCCAAUUAAUAUGGUAAAAGAAGCAAGCGGUCGAGAUUCCCCUGCUGAUUGCUCUGAACCUGUGGAAGCAGGAUCUGAGAUGGCUCUAAGGUUACGGCUAUCGACUACCUGUAAGGACUUGAUCUUGUCAGUUGGCUCCAAGCACACCAUUGCACACUGCAAGGCUAAAUUACAUGCUCAAGAAGCAGUAGAGGUAUGGCGACAACGUUGGUUCUAUGGUGGCAAGUUGCUUGGUGACCGUCUGCUGGUGGAGGAAGCGAAAAUCACAGCUGGUUAUGUUGUACAGGUUAUUGUCAGCACUGACCCACAUCCGCCUAGUUAGUUGCCUGCAGAGACAUAACGGAUAUGAAGAUCACGCAAGUACCGCAAACCUUCUCAGAGACAUACAUAUACCUACGCAUAUAACUGUAUUAUAAUGAGUAUAUUAAUCUAGUAAAUUUGGCAUUCCGAUCAUUAGAUGACUGUGCAUCGGAUCACGAGAGGAGACAUCUCGAUAAAUUAUUAUUUUUGUAUUAUUCAUCUAAUGAUUAGGAACAUGUGUACAUAUAAAUAAAUAUUAUAUAAAUUACAUAAGACGAAAUAGGUUUUGGUAAAACUCUCGGCGUAUGGUUUAUACUUUUUUAUGCGAACCGGGCGGGCGGUAUGUGUCAAUAUAUACGCAGAGCACGACAUUUCACUAUUUUGUUGUUUUUAAGUCGGUUAUAUUUCGGAACACCCGCACAACCUGUACAUAAAGAUAUAAUUUUGUCAUUUAUUCGAUAGGAGACGCUUCUAAGAAAUCGAAUCGUCCGAGUCUCGUGUACUCGAAAGUCCCUAUUUACUCAUUGUGUAUAUCGAAAUAUAAAUAUAUGUUCGUUAAUUUAAAGCAUAGUUUAGUAUCCGAUGCGAUGCUAAACGAAAUGGUGCAAGGCUAGGGUUGCAAUGUGUAAAAAGUACUUAGACAAGGCGCACGCCUUCAAUGGCCGAAUGCUCAUAAGCUCCAGAAUUUGAGUAAUUGUGCGAGUACGCUUUAUUGAGUUCAGCCAAAAGCGGCACAAGGGGGACCAUUUUAACGUUCACUGCCGAGUCGGCACGAGCCGCCAAAUAAAGAAGUAGCUGCCGUACGCAUGCUAUUGGUUCGAUAUUUUUUAUUUGUCCCGUUCCUGUCUCAUGUCGAUUUAAUUAUUAAUGACUUCGCUUUUAUAUGAAUAUUUCUAAUAUUUGAAUCGGCUAAUGAAAGCCGAACGUUGCUACAUGAGAGGCGUAAACAAUUUUUGAAAUGUUGUGUGCCGAUCUUACUUGGGGCAUUAAUCAGGGAGCGAGGUGGGUAUUUCUAGAUCUCAAUAGUAACUACAUUGUUCUUCUCGUCUGUUCGAGAUUUGUGGUACGGUGCUAUCGUGUAGCGUGCGAUAUAAUAGAUAUGGACGAUUGUGAAUGAUUUUUAUCCCAUUUUUUAGCUUUUAUAACGUUUGCUAAAGAUCUCUAAGAGAAUUUCAUAACACGUUCCUACGUCAUUUCUCUCUCACACGGUGUAAUUGACGAAAGUUAAGAGUUUUUAAAUAGUUGCUCACGUAUUCAUAGAUUAAUUUCAAUACGAACGUGUCCGAAACUAUUUUUUCAAAUGCUAUUAUAUUUGCUAUGCUAUGCUAUUUCCGAUCGCUUUCAAUUUAUUUACGAUUAACGGUUUUUAACUUGAAAGAUGAGCCAAUUCUUUAUUAAAUCCACGCAACCUAGAGAUGCAAUAUUGGUUUCGGCCACGAUAUAUGUAUUUGCCAUUGUUCUUUGUCACUAAUGAGAUACGGGUAUCGAAAACUUAGGCGAGUCUUGUUUUAUUGUUUUCUGAAUUAUGAAAAUUAUUCUCCUUCACAUGGAAAACGAGCACCGUUUGGUUCGGAUGGUUUUUCGUUUAAGAAUUCCGAAACGAGUGCCAUAACGACUCGCGAAUUCAGAUCGACGGCCUAAUUUGUCCGGUUCCAAUCUGUUUCGUGCCCACGGCGGUCCCCUGCGGGCCCCCACCGGUGACCCUGACUUCGGUCGAAGCGCACAUUCUAGUUAUGUACAUUUUCUAUUUUAUUAUUCGCUUUUGGGUUACAUCAGCCGCGUUUUUCUAUUUUUACAGGAUUACAUCGCGGCUGAUCUCAUCCAAAUGUGUUAUUGUAGAAAUCUAGUUUGUAACAAAUUAACAUAUAUUAUUAAAAUCUAAUGAUCUGAA